GACUUCUUCUUCUGAGAAACAGGAUAUCACGAAAGAGAGUUUCUUUCCGGUCUUUCUCUAUCUUUAUCAAAGCUGCGACGUUCCCGGUUAGAUCGCUUCAGUCACCUAGUCCCGUCUCGCCCACUUCUCCCCGGGUGUCGGCUGUCUCAUACAAAAUCAAUCUAUAUACGACACCAAGUCGCCCUUGUCUACUGCCACGCACGCACAACGUGACAAGGUCAGGCGCAUCCUUGCCAGAACAAAUUGUCACCUGGUUCCAAAGCCUCCUAUCCUCAAAGACACUUUGAGCACUCUUGUGUCCUACACAUUACCUAAACCUCUCAAGACUCCGACACAUCUACCUCAAUUCAAAAUGCCGGCAAAGCCAAUCCUCCACCCGUUACAGACCCCUCGCACAAUGACCUUCCCCUCCGAACUUCAAGCCGACUCAGGAGCCAGUUUAUCCGGGGGUGGAGCAAGGAACAACAGUGACGACGGCCUGUCGACGCCCAUCACCCCACCCGCCGCCUACACCGAAUUCCUUAAGGCCCUCACCCCGAUCUUCUCCCCCGCCGACGGCAAUGGGGCCACCACGCGCUUCGUCUGGGACAAGGUCACGAAGACCCCGACAUCGCAACCGGCCAGUGCGGUCAGCGGCUCGUUCAACUUCUCCGAUGCCACCAGACCCGCGACGGCGUCGCUGCCGCCGCCGACGCCUUACGGCACGGUGCCCCCGACCCGGCGGGACAUGAUGAACCUGCGGCGUCUGCGCAUCCCCCCGGCCAUGCGGUACUCGCCCACGUUGGAGACGCCCCGGAGCGCGAACUCGAUCUUGUCGCCCUACUCGCCGUCGGAUUGGAAACUGCGGUAUUGGGAGGGACCGCGGAGUGCGACCGCCAGCCGGGUGAGCGUGCGGCAUGUGGUCACCCAUACCGUGACAUAUAAGCGGACACAGCUGGAGGAUCCGCCCAAGGGGAAGCGGAGAAAGCAUAGCGAGGAGAAAGAUGAUUCGUGAAAGUCUGACUUCAUUCAAUUUAAAGCGCUUUUUCUUGGCUGGGUUAGGUAGCGCUGGGUUUGGCGUUGGGAGUUAGGGGAGCGGAUUCACUAUUGGCUAGGAUAUAACAAAUAUGAAUAACUCUCUCGAAGACAUUUGGAAGUCACU